AGUUCGUGAAAUGGAACAUAUUGACUUUACUUUAUUUACAUUUUCAUUCAUUUAUUUUUCGGUUUGCCUUGAUAAGUGAUAAUUAUCAAUAAAUUCUUGUGCAAACAUAGAAUGGCCACGAGUGUUACUAAAAUGCAAGUCCUAUCGAUGUACAAAAAUCUGUUGCGGGAGUCGCAAAAAUUCGCAAACUAUAACUUCAGGUCGUACGCACUACGCAGAGUCAGAGAUGCCUUUAAAGCCAAUAAGACAUUGUCAGACCCCAAGCAGAUCCAGAAAGAAUACCAAUUUGCUAAGGAAAACCUUGAUAUCAUCAGACGCCAAGCAGCCAUCGGAGACAUGUACAAGACAGAGAAACUAGUUAUCGAGAACGUCCGGUAGAGCAAGUUAUAAGAUAAGUUAUGCUAUCCACUCAAGUUAUAUCAACAGAGAAAAUAGGUUACUUUACCACUGAGGCAGACAUGAACGGAGUUGUUCAGAAAUCAACCAAUAGCAUUAUUUGUAUAGUCUGAUAAAAAGAGUAGAAAUUAAAAAGUGGCAAUACUGCAGUCAGGUCAUCCGCAAAUCUCAUAUUGUAGCCUAAAGGAAAUAAUGAAAAAUAAAGAUAUCAAUGUAACUAUCAAGCGGAAACUCUUUGAUACCAGCAUACUUCCUAUACUUACUUACGGCUGCCAAACCUGGGCUCUCAAUAAAACACACAUUAGAAAGCUAGAAACUUGCCAAAACUCCAUGGAAAGAAGUAUGCUGGGGAAAAGACUAUCGGAUAAAAUAAGAAUAAAAUCCAUAAAGAAGAUCACCAAAACAAAAGAUGUCACAAAAACAAUAAAAAAGUUAAAAUGGAAAUGUUCAGGACAUACAAUUAGAGGCAAAGAAAAAUGGUCGAAAUCGAUAAUGAACUGGUUCACAGGCCAUAAGAAAAGGAAAAGAGGUAGACCAUUUAGAAGAUGGGUGGACGACAUCAAAGCCACAGCAGGAACCACAUGGACGAGAGUUGCCAAGGAUAGAGAGGAAUGGAGAAGGUUGGAGGAGGCCUUUUGCCAAUAAAUGGCACACAGACAGAAAAAAAACGCAAGAACUGUAAAAAAUAAUGCAAUUUACUGUCUGAAAUAAAGGAUUAUUACAUAUUACAUUAUUACAAUACUGCAGUCAAAUCAAUCUAUAUAAGAAAACGGGACGACACUACAGUAUUACCACUUUUGUAAGAACGCCGAGCUAACUAGGAGUUGAAGUGGUCGCCUUGGUCGAAACCAGCCAGGAGGAUCAUCAUCAUCAUCAUCAUCAUCAUCAUUGCCACUUUUUUAUUUCUACUCUUUUUUUGUCAGACUAUAAUUCAGCGGAGCAGAGAAGAGAUUUGGAUUACAACUAAUACUUUUGGUUUAUUCCCGCAGCUCUCCUUUCAUUUCCGCUCAUCAGUGACUGAGUCUGACUAUGCUAACUCUGCACCAACUAUGACGUGACAAAGUGGGUGCCAUAAUAAACUGACACUAUUAUACUUUGUUUCAGUAUGUGCAGAGUUAGCUUGGUGCUUGGUGGUAAAUCUAUUAAGAAUAUUCAGUAAAAUCACAAUUUGUAAGACACUUUAGUCAAGAUAAGUUAUAUUUGACAUAAAAAUGAAUCAAAAGGUAUAUUGGGGUAAUUACAAAUAUGGAGUAAUUUGUAAAAUCAUAAAUAUAUGUACUAAGUGACCUCAGCAGCAUAACUUAAAACUGAUUAAACGUAUGGCUCCGCCAUUUUGGAAAAAGAACAGAACAUGAAAUAACUACAAAUUCUAUUUGUCAUCAAACCUGCUCAUAAAAUUUCUGUAUGGUUGAGAAUUACGACAUGUAUGACGUAUGAACUGUACACUUUUUGACGUGAUAACGUCUUAUGAAUCAAUGUACAUCGAGCCUGCAUGAUAAAGUGUCACGUAGUGGACAGAUCUCCAUGGUAACGUUGUGGUCAGAUCUCCAUGGUAACGUUGUGGUCAGAUCUCCGUGGUAACGUUGUGGUCAGAUCUCCAUGGUAACGUUGUGGUCAGAUCUCCAUGGUAACGUUGUGGUCAGAUCUCCAUGGUAACGUUGUGGUCAGAUCUCCAUGGUAACGUUGUGGUCAGAUCUCCAUGGUAACGUUGUGGUCAGAUCUCCAUGGUAACGUUGUGGUCAGAUCUCCAUGGUAACGUUGUGGUCAGAUCUCCAUGGUAACGUUGUGGUCAGAUCUCCAUGGUAACGUUACGGCCAUGUUUUUUUAUGACGUUAUCACGCAAAAUUAUCGUCCGUAAACCGACUUUACAGGCAACCAUAUUUUAUUUUUUUUGGUUUGUUGGACUGAAUGUACUUACCAUCCUCAAAUGACAACUAAGAUAAAUUUCUACCUCAUGUAUCCUCAUUCCUGCAGUCAAUAAUAAGUCUCCAAUUCUAAUAAGUAUAAUCAUAUGUGACGUUCCACGGAAAAAGGUACCUUAUGGCGGCUGGCGCUUACGUCGCAUAGCGCCGCAAUGAUAUUGGAGUGGCGUUAAUAAUAGCGUAAGCGCCAACCGCCAUAAGGUACCUUUUCUCGUAGGACGUCACAUAUACUUAAAUAACCUAACAUAAUAGCGACUGAACAUCAUGAAAAUCCAUUGUUGUAGCAUAGCUCCAGUGCAAGUGUUACUUAAACGUCUACUUCUAUGAAAUUAGACAAAAUAACACUUGCACUGCGUAUGCUAUCACAACCGUUGCAGACUUUCUCUGACUUGAUUUUAUUUUUCUUCAAAUUAAGAAUUGCCUUAAACAUAAGUCCUAAACCAAUUUGUUUUAUACUUUUAGGGCAUACUGAAAAUUCUUGGAACUGGCCACUUAGAAAAAAUAAGUCGUUUCAUAUUGUUGCUUAUCAUGAACAGUGGUACAACUAAAAAUGAAAUGCUAUUGCAUUUAAUAUUCUCUCUUUUACUGGUAAGAUUUAAAGUCGAAUGGCAUUUCAUUUUGUUUUGUGUCAUGAUAAGCGUCGAUAUAUCAGAAUCCGGAAACUUUCAGUAUCGCCCACGUAAUAGGCAUAAAAUUGAUUUUUACAAGCUUUUAUUUACUUUCACCUGACCAUUGUCUGUGUGUAAUCAAGUGUUGCAAGUUAAAUUUGAUCCACUUACCGGUUUCCGAUUGAGCUGAAAUUUUGCAUACAUAUGUAAGUCGGGUGACAAUGCAAUAUUAUGGUGUCAUCGAGCUGAUCUGAUGAUGGAGACCGGAGGUGGCCAUAAGAACUAUGUGAUAAAACAACGAAAGCUAAUUGUGUUUGGGGUUCUUAGAAUUGUCUCGAUGAGUAUUAGUUGCCUGUGGAAAAAAAAGUACAGUCGGCGAUAAAAGCUUGUAGCAAAAAUCAAAAACUUAUUAUUAAGGUUGCACAACCACCACUGUUAUCUUUAUUUUAUUUGCCUCCAGAACGUAUUUAAUUGAAAAGACACUGUAUUUUAUUGUUGCAUUUUAUUGUAGUUAGUGACGUUUAAUUUAAGUUGAUGUUUAAAUAUAAAUAUAUGAGAUGUAAUGUUUUGA